AUGGCUCAGACCUUAGGGUGCCAUCUGGUGUUAGACACCCCUGAAAACCGUGCCGAAGUGGCGGCCAUUGUGGCGGCAUGGGAGGUGGCUAAGGAGUUUGUCUCAAAGGAAGUGGAGAUUAGCCUUGAUCAAGGCAGUCGAGAGGGUUCAUGGUGCUUUGUGCGAAUCCGAGACACCCAGUUCGGACUAUUGGCGUUGAAGGCAGAAGAGAUUGAACUGAAUGAGCCAACGGCCUCCCCACUAGACCUGGUCAUCAGCAAGACACCUCGAGCUCACGGAUCCAAUCCUCCUUGGUUGAACAACACGGGUAGCUUCAGCGGCAAGUCCAACUCGCAAGGGUUCAAGGGCAAGGGCAAGGGCAAAGGUGGCAAAUCAAAGGGCAAAGACUCCAGACUUGCUGGAUUGCAGAUGGGCGUGAUCUGUGCUUCGCAUACAAUGGUGGCAACUGCGAUGGCAAGUGCUACAGAGUGCAUCAGUGCAGAGUUAAGGGAUGCUACGGUGAUCAUCCUGCAGUGCAACGCAAGAAUGGGGGAUAAGAACAACAGUGCUUUGCCACAGAGCAGUGCUCCUGGCGCCUCAGUUGGAAACAAGGCACUUGAGACACAGCAACAUGCGACCGUGGUGGACCUGACACGAUUAUCGACUCCGACGACAUGGACCUCCGUUGGAGUGACGUGA